AUGCAACUAUACGGCUUUGACUACACGCCAUUCUUGAAGGUUGCAAUGAGCGAACCAUUAGUGGAUACCGUUGAUAAUGGCAGUGUAGUUACGGGUCACUACGAAUUGAUUGAGUUUGAUUUGAAUACGGUCAAGAUUGAAGAUUUGGCGUUUGAGAGGAAAUUCAAGUUGAAGGCAACAAGGGAUGAUAAGAUCCAUGCUUUAUUAGCGUGGUUUGAUUGCUCCUUCCCAAGUGAUAAACCGGAAAACGUAGUCACUUUUUCAACAGGCGCCCAUGCUCCAUACACACAUUGGAAACAAACUGUUUUCUACCUUGAUCAAGUUUUGGAUGUUAAAAAGGGUGAAGAGAUCACCGGUUCCUUGGCAAGUAGACCUAACGAGUUCAAUAAUAGAGAACUGGAUAUUGAACUUAGAUGGAACUUCCCGGCAAGCGGUGAAGAAGAUUCCCGUAGACAGAGCGGUAAAUACAACUACUUUUUGCGUUAA